GCAAAUUGUCAGUGUGAACUUGCGCGGUGUUGUUUUGUGUUGCUUUUCUUUCAGCCUUACAGGGCCUCUUUAGGUCUCUUUCCAUUAUGGCGGAAAUCGUGGAGAAGGACGAAGUCACUCAGGUUGACAACGGCGUAUUUCCUUCGUCAAAGGGUCUCGAUAGCGAGAGCUCUGAUCAUGACGUGGAACUUGCUCAUCUCGAGAAGAUCAACCUGAACAAGAAUGUUUCAGCGAAAAUCAAGAACCCUUUGGCAGAUCUCUCGAAGAAACAGGUCCUCAAGGAUGUUGAUGAGUUCGCCACCGAGUACCAACUAGAUCACAUCAGACCACUCCUGCAGAAGGGUGCUCUCGUCGCCAGAGACCCGGCUGCUUUCGAAUCAGUGGAGGGACUGACUGAGACUGAGACCACUGCCAUCCGUGAUGAGGUCCUCCAUAAGUGGAGACAGCCUAAAGCGCUAUACUUUACUAUUAUUCUCUGUUCCAUUGGUGCUGCUGUGCAGGGAUGGGACCAAACUGGAUCAAACGGUGCCAAUCUUUCGUUCCCAGAUGCUUUCGGGAUCCCUGAUAGCCACGGCCCCAAUGCGGAGCGUAAUCAGUGGAUUGUCGGUGUUGUAAAUGCUGCUCCCUAUAUCUCAACGGCUCUCUUGGGUUGCUGGCUAUCCGAUCCACUAAACAACUGGUUCGGCCGUCGUGGUUGCAUCUUCGGAUCUGCUAUUUUCUGCGUCAUCUCUCCUAUUGGAUCCGCCUUCACCCAGACAUGGCCUCAGUUGUUUGUGACCCGACUGCUGCUCGGUCUAGGUAUGGGUAUGAAGGCUUCGACCAUCCCCAUUUUCUGUGCAGAAAACACACCUGCCGCCAUUCGUGGUGGAUUAGUUAUGAGCUGGCAGCUGUGGACCGCGUUCGGUAUUUUCCUUGGUUUCUGUGCCAACCUUGCUGUCAAGGAUACUGGUGCUAUUUCAUGGCGUCUUCAACUGGGCUCUGCCUUCAUUCCUGCGCUUCCCCUUCUAUUUGGUAUUUACUUCUGUCCGGAAUCUCCGCGUUGGUACAUUAAGAAGGGUAUGAUGGCCAAGGCAUAUAAGUCACUCUGUCGUCUACGAAACACUGAGCUCCAGGCUGCCCGUGAUCUGUACUACAUCCACGCUCAGAUCAAAGUGGAGCAGGAGAUUUCAGGGCAUAGCAACUACCUUACUCGUUUCGUGGAGCUGUUUACGAUUCCUCGUGUUCGACGUGCAACUCUGGCCUCGUUUACUGUCAUGAUUGCGCAGCAGAUGUGCGGUAUCAACAUUGUGGCAUUUUACUCCUCAACCGUCUUCCAGCAAGCUGGUGCUACUACUACCGGUGCGCUGCUUGCCUCUUGGGGCUUUGGUCUGGUGAACUUCCUGUUCGCUUUCCCCGCUGUGUGGACCAUCGAUACCUAUGGCCGACGAUCGCUGCUGCUUUUCACCUUCCCACAGAUGGCAUGGACGCUUCUUGCUGCCGCAUUCAGCUUCUACAUCCCAUCAGAUUCGAAGGCUCACUUGGGUGUCAUUGCCCUCUUCGUCUUCCUCUUCGCAGCUUUCUACUCACCCGGUGAAGGACCUGUUCCGUUCACUUACUCUGCAGAAGUAUUCCCAUUGUCCCAUCGUGAGGUUGGCAUGUCCUGGGCUGUGGCUACCUGUCUCGGUUGGGCUGCUGUGCUUUCGAUCACUUUCCCACGAAUGCUUGCUGUCAUGACUCCAACUGGCGCUUUCUGUUUCUAUGCCGGCCUCAACGUGGUUGCUCUAGUUAUGAUCUAUCUAUUCGUCCCAGAAACCAAGCAGCGUACUCUAGAAGAACUCGAUUACAUCUUUGCUGUUCCCACCAAAAAGCACAUCCACUACCAGGUCUUCGAGGUCCUCCCGUGGUGGAUUAACCGCUACAUUUUCCGCCGGAACGUGCAUCUCGAGCCUCUCUACAAGUUUGAUCACGUCGCUACCGACGAGACGAACCAGGAAUUGCGCAAGCACAGCGUUGUUUCCGCUCACGUGAAGGAAUGAAAAAAAAAAAAAAAAAUAGCGCCUUGAGCUUAUCAACCUUGAGAUUUUUUUUCCUGAGCGCAAAGGUAAUUGAUUAAUUGUGGUUCUG